AUGCAGCGCCGGAACGACCUGGAGAUGGAGGCGACGGUCGCCGAGCUCGCGGACGAGGUACUCGGGCUCGCCGGCGUAAGCGCGCCAGCCGCGAGGAAGGAGCUCUUCAACCGCGUUGGGACCUUCUUCUUCAAGCUCAAGGCCGAGGGCAAGGGCCACUGGUGGUGCCAUGGCCGGCUUCCGGAACUCAGCGCCUUCAUGCUGCAGCUCAUGGACAAGCGCGCGGCCGGCAAUCACAUCGACACAUGGAUCCGCGAGAGCUACGGUCAGCUACACCGACUGCUUGCAUCAUUGUACACGGAAGAGUCCAUGAAGCUCUUCCUCCGCCUCCUCGUGGAUGCUGACGUCGAGCGGCUCAAGCUCAUUUGGAGCACGACCUCGUUCGUCAAGAAGCAACGCGGGCAGGAGCUCACGAUGGGGCUCUAUGAGCUCUUUACGCACCCGCGCCUCCUCCGCGACUUUCGGUUCCUCAAGCCCAUGCACAAGUGGAUCGCAGAGAAGCCCGACGAAGCCCUCGAGCUCUGCGACUGGCACAAGCUCAAGCAAUGCCCUGGCCUGUAUAUGCUGCUCAUGUGUCCCGACUCGGUGCUUCGCGCGUGGAGUGCGACCGUCCUCUCCAAGCUCGGGCACAUCGAGCUGCAAUCAACGUCACCGAUCGUCUCGGUCGUCGAAGAGUGGAUGUACCUUCUCGAGAAUCAGCAGUACAACGUGUCCAUGCUCGAGUUGGACCUCGCGUCCGCGUACGACCUCGCUGCGUUUAUGGACAGCACGCAGUGCACACGGACCCCGACGCCGCAGGUGCUCUGGGCUGCGUUUGAUGCGCUCUUCCAGACACUGGAAGAAAACAUGCUCGCCGAGCUCUUGCGGCGCUUUGACAACUUGCCGGACCUCGUCUUUACCUUUCUCCAAGAGGCCAACCCCGUCAACCCGAAAUCGCCGCCGCCCGUCGUCCUCGUUGUCGCGCGCUGCUACGGUGUACUCAUGAAGAGCCUCCGCUUUCGGCUCUGGGAACACACGUCGUAUGAUGCUGCGACGGUCUGGGACAUGCUCCACGCCCAGUGUCGGACCACGUCGUGGCGCGAGUUUGUCGUGAAAGCGCUCCUGGAGCUCUGCGAUCCGCUGCUCACGUCGUUGCGCCCGCCCCACCAAGACAGUGCGUCCGAGGCCGUGCAUUUGUACUUUGACGUGCGCCGGCAACUGCUCUCGUUCUUGCUGCACGAUGCACCCACGCUGUACGCAGAGCAGUCGGUCUUGCGCACGACUGUAACGCGCGUUCUCUGCGAUGUGCUUCAAGCGUCGUUCGACACGGCACGGUCGUCCUUGGUGCGGCCGCUGCCAGGCGCCAAGCCGGCCGAUGUCGGCGCGCUCCCCGAGACCGAGACGCUGGACAUUGUCACGCUGAGCCAUCGGUUUUGGUGGCCCAUCACGCUGCACGACGCGCCAAUGGACGAACGCAAUGCGUCCUGCUUUACUUCCGAUUGGAUGGACGUUCUCUUGGUGACGCUCCAGACGUCGAGUGUCAUGGGCCUCGUGGAUGCGGCCGCGACAACCGUCGCGCUCGUCUUGCGCAAGCAGCUCUACCUCAUGCGCGACACGUGGAUGAUGCAACCGGACCGGCUCGGCGACAUUGCGUGGGUCUCCGACCUCUUUACAGCGCUCUGUUCGUGGACCGACGUCGAGAAGAUCCCGCUGGUCGUGCACGCGGUGCUGUUCGAGACGGUGGGUGUCGCGGCGCAGCUUUCGUGCCGUCCGCCCGCCGACGCGACGGCCGCGAUCGAGGGUCUCGAGAUGGUCCAAGACGUGCUCUGUCCGUACGUCGAGCGCAUGACGAUCGAGACGACGGAGCGGGGCCUCGGCAACAUCUUCCGUACGCCGAUCGUGGCCCAGCACAUGACGCUCUGCCUCAUCACGUCCCAUCCGCGUCUGCGCCCGUGCAUCAAACGGCUCAUCAUGCACGGCGGCGGCGUCGCCAACAAGAGCUACACGUCGUUCACCGAGCCGUACCAGAACCUCGUGUCGAGCUACAUGCCGUCGUUCUUGCGCGGCGUGGCGACGACGCUCAUGUAUCUGCGCGUACAUGGGCUCCAGCCGACGUGCGUCAAGGAGCUGCUUUUGCACUGGACGCACACGUUCGAGUCGCUGCCCGACGUGCUCUACAACUGCAUUGUGAAAGAGGCCGCCAAAGCCAAAGCCUCGUCGCGGAAAGCGCAGUCCUCGGCCACGUCGGCGAUGGAUCUGACGCGGUUCCCGCUGCUCAUGCACCUCUUCCUCAUGAACGCGCUCGAGAAGCUGUCGCCGACCGACAACGAGGCGUACGGCGUCCGCGUGCUACGCUUCGCGCGCUACAUGUGGCGCCUCUGGUUUGUCUUCCACGGCGACCGGCACGAGUGUUUGGACUACCCUGCUAACCGCAUCCUAUUGCCGCUCUUGCAGCUGGCGCACCACCCCAACCCGACGCUCCAGCGCCGCGUCGUCGACCUCUGCGGCUACAUCACCCAAGAACUCGGGUCGUCGGACUUUGUGUUUGACGCAAAACUCGAUGCCGAGAUUGCCGCUGUUUUGGCCAAGUGGUCGUUUGAAGCUGGCGAUACGGCGGGGCUAUCGGCGCUGCGGCUAAGCCUCGAGACGCUGUUGCAGCUCAAGCGGUCGGUGCGCCAAGCGCGCGAGCGAGAGGCCAUUGUCGGCGACGACGACGUGGUGCCGUGGUACUCGAAGGAGGCCCGUCGCCAGCGCGCCAAAGCCAAGAAAAUAUCGUCGUCGGCCAUUGGGAAAGUCAAGCUCACGAAACCCAGCAAUGGACCGUCCCCGUUCAAGACCCUCGUUCCGUUUGCGCGACUCCCAAAGAAGCCGAUGACGACGACAUUUGACCGCGCGUCGGCCGCGGUGCCCCGGGCUACCGACAGCUUUUACGACGACGUCGACUACGAGGCCAUUCGCAAGCGUCGCGAGCAACAAGCGUCCAAGGAAGGGCCGAUAUCUGGCAGCGCCAAGCCCUCCAAGAGCCGCACCGUCUCGGUGCUCGGGUACCAGCCGGCUUUUGGAGGCGCGUCAGCAGCAACCACCACAGUCCCUUCGACGUCGGCGCCGUCACCGCCCAAGGAAGCCGCCAAGCCGCCAAAGGACGCGCUGCCUGCGCCCGUGCUCAAGAUGAUUGGGACCAUCCGACACAUUCGCAGCAUGCGCAAGCCAUUGCACCCGUCGUCGCUGUACCCGUUCUACCGCCAGAUCCUCUUGGCGUCUCAGAUCGACCCGCGCUUCAAGACGUCGACGAGCGCCGACCUCGCCAAGCCAUCGAUUUCGUUUCCGUCGUCGAUCGAGUACGGCCACGCGUUCUUGCCGCUGCUGUUGGAAGAAGUCCAGUGCGACAUUGCCCAAGGCUUUGGCGGCAACGGCCCAACGAUGGGUGUCCGGCUCGAGACCGAGACGAUGAAGGAAAACCUCCGCGUUGUCACCUUUGCCUACCUGCAGCGGCCCAUGAAGCGCCUCAUUCGCAAGAAUGACGUUGUGCGCGUCACGUCCACGCUGGUGCAAUUGACAUUUGCGACGAGAAUGGACAUCUCAUGUCCAAGUAGAACGCUGAAAUUGCGUGCACGGGUGUUUACGUGCCCGAGGACGACGAUAAAUUCUCGAAAAAAGGGCACCAACGACGACAAGGUCCGCGUGCUCUUGCUGACGGCCAGCGACAAGGAAAUGCCGGUCGUGCUUCUCGACACGCUGAUUGGCGGGUCCGAGUGGAACGUGCGUGUUGUGGGCAACCUCACGACGAGCGCGCGCGAGUACUUGGCGCUCAUGGCCAUCGACUUUAUUCCGUUGCAUCUGCGCUCGGUCGUGCUCCAGCCAUACAAGUACAAGAGCACGCAGAGCACCGUGCUGGGCUUGAUCUCGGAUAUUGACACGCUGCGGGACGCGCCGAGCACCGAGGGUGACAAGACGCUUAUGGCCCACCUUGGGAUUCUAGACGACCUGCCGAUGAAGCUCGAGGACCUCCGCGUGACCAACAUUGGCGUCGUCGUGCGCAAGCUGCGCAAGUACAAGGGCAGCAACGACGUCGUGCAGCGGGCCGCGGCGCUCAUCGCCAAGUGGCAAAAGCUGCUCGAUACCAAGGACGAGCUCUCGACGACGCCCCUCUUUUUGCCCCCGCCAGUGUGGGACCAGCUGCAAACGACAUACAAUGCAUCCCAGCUCCAGUCGGUGCACUCGAUUCUCAACAACUACUCGACGGGCGUGAGCUUGCUCCAGGGACCGCCGGGGACCGGCAAGACCAAGACCAUCAUGGGCAUCAUCAGCGGUCUUCUUGCGAUCUCGCUGCCAACGCCAACGGCCCCCGCGCUCGUCGACUUCUCGGGCGCGUCCACAUCGUCGCUGCCAGGGGCGGUCAAGGCCACGAGCAUCCAGCAGAUCAAGAACAAGGGCAUGUCGCGCCAGCGCCUCGAAGGCGCCAUGGCCGGUCGCCCGAUGUUCAAGCCGCGCCCGGCGUCGGGACCGCGCACCGUCUCGGUGCUUCCGAUUGCCAACAAGGGACCGGAGACGAACCACAUUCUCAUUUGCGCGCCGUCCAACGGCGCAGUGGACGAGCUCAUUUUGCGGCUUCGGACCGACGGGCUUGUCGGGCCCGACGGCAAGCCCGUCCUCGUUUCAACGCCCAAGGUGCACGCUGUCUCGGGCGACGACGCCAAUACGAUCUCGCUCCUUCGCCUCGGGUCGGCGACGGAAGAUGCGCCGUUGAUCGUCAAGCAGAGCUGCCUCAACGACGUGGUCCGUGUCCAAGUCGAGACGCACCCCAAGUACCAAGCGUUCCAAGCGCUCACGCGGCGACACACCGAAUUGCGCGAUUCGAUCAAGCUCUUCCAUACGCAGGCCAAGGCCGGCGAGACGCCGACAGCCUCCAAGAAGGACAUGACGGCGUGGCACCGCGAGCUCUCGGAGAUAACGGGCAAGAAGCGCCGUCUUCAAGAAGAGGUCCAGAUGCUUGAACGCACGACGGCGAAUGCACUCCUUGCCAAAGCCAACAUCAUUGCCUGCACGCUCUCGAAAUGCGGCAGUGGAGACCUCGACGACGUGCCUCGCGGGUUUGAUGCCGUCAUCAUUGACGAGGCGGCGCAAGCGGUCGAAACGAGCACGUUGAUUCCACUCCGGGAACGCGUCGCCCGCGUCAUCUUUGUGGGCGACCCCAAGCAGCUACCGGCCACCGUCAAGAGUGUCGAGGCCCAAGAUGCGCUCUUCAACCGGUCGAUGUUUGAGCGCCUCGCGGACGGCGGGGUGCCCCGGGCCAUUCUGCGCGUACAAUACCGCAUGCACCCGUUCUUGCGCGAGUUCCCGUCCAAGGCCUUUUACAAUGGCAUCUUAUCGGACGGCCCCGUCAUUGCGACGCGGCUCCAUACGCUGGGCAUGCAAGUGUACAAGCACCCGUGCUACCAGCCGUUCGUGCUCUACGACAUUGAGAGCGCCGAGCGCGACGGGCCCGGUGGCUCGAAAUGCAACAGCACGGAAGCGGCAUUUGGGAUCGCUAUGGUUGAGCACCUCAAGGCAACGGUCGAGCUCGUGAAGACCAAGGAGUGGUCCAUCGGCUUUGUGACACCGUACAAGGAGCAGGUCAUGACGCUGCGCCACCUUGUGAGCGGCAAGGGCUGGAGCGAUGUCGAAGUCAACACGGUCGACGGCUUCCAGGGUCGAGAGAAGGAUAUCAUCAUCAUGUCGUGCGUGCGUACGCGCGCCGUGGGUUUCCUCAAGGACGUUCGCCGUCUCAACGUUGCCCUCACCCGUGCACGCUACUGCUGCUUUGUCCUGGGCCACGCGCGCACACUGUGCAAGGACCCGACAUGGAAGCAGCUCGUCUCGAGCGCGUACGACCGCAAAAUGUACAUCAACGCGGCCAAGAAGCCGUUCGAGCAAAUCUGGGCCGAGUCCGAGGCCGAUGUCUCGCUCAAGGAGCAAUACGAGAAGAUGCACGAGCCCAUUUUGGCCAAGUCCAAGGACGAGUCGUCCAAGCAAUCCAAGCGCAAACGUGUCAAGAGCCCCGACGACCGUGAGACGACCAAGAAGCGCGACGACGAAGCGUCGGAGAACACGCUGCCCGCCCAAGAGGUAUGA